CACGGAGGACACACGGAAGUGUCAAGCGGUUCGCCUUCCUCGUUGGGCCCGCCAUCCCACCUGGAGGCUUUCGUUUCUGUGUGUCUUUCUGUAGAAAGGCGCGCCAGCCAAGCCACAGGUUCGGCCUGGGGGGUUACAUCCGCAUGACUUCCCACUCUGGUAACAGACUUCGGAGUCCCCAGGCCCGGGCCCCUGGGGCCGGAGCCCGGCGUGCGCCGUUCCCCGCCGGGAUUGGCUGGCGCGGCGGGGGCGAGCGGACGUCACACUGGAACGGUUCGUUGCGCUUGCCUCCCGACGGGGGAUUUCGUAGGAAAGGUUGGAAAGUGUUCUUCUCCCUCCCGCAAAACCGGUGCGGGGGGGUGGAGCACGAGAUCCUUAUUGUGGGUAUAAGAAACUGCUUGGACCCUGGAAAAGCCUUCCAUCAUUCAACAGUUAGGAACAAGAAAUAUCAAAAAAUUUGGUGAUCACCUUCAGAUCCUGUAUAAUUUGACAUGGAUGUUUCUCAUGAAAAAUUAGAAAGCAUGUCAGAAGUGGAUGCCAUGAAUUUCACCGGUCUUUCUCAAGAUUUCACUCACUCAAAUUCUCCCUCCUAUAUGGAAACCAGCAAUACGACUUCAGACUUGUCUCAGAAUGAAAUAAAGAAUGUAAAAAAGGAAAAUGAGUCUAAAAUCACACUUUCUGAAGAAAUUUAUAGCACACUGGAUGAUGUGUUAGGUGAUGUCAACAGUGGAAAUUAUUCACAGGAUAUGCUACUCGUGCCAAUUGACACCAGCAUUUCUUCCUUCAGACAAUGUGAACCCAUUUUCAAAUAUCAUCAGACAAAAGCAUUUAAUGAUAAAAUGCUAACAUUUCAAAAUUUGAUAGGCAACUUACCUUACACAGAGAAGCCAGAAUUGCAAAGUCAUGUUUAUAAUUAUGCAAAAGACAGCAAUAUUAAGGAAGAUUCAUUUAAAGAAGAAAAUCCAGUGGGAACUAGUACUUCCACAAAUGAAGACCAACUUUCUCAUGAAUAUGAAUGGCAACCUCCUAGAAGCCCAUCUGAAAUCCACUGCAGUAGAGAGACACUGAAAUUCAUGGAAAUGCCACUAGCUGAAAAUACUGCCAAAGAAUCUACCCUCAACUCUGGUCAACCUGAAAACUUCUUGUGUAAGGAAUAUUUAUACAACAAUGUUGAAAAACCAUUUUAUCAAGAGAAUAGCUUUAACCUGUAUGAUCUGAGAGCUGAUUAUGAAACAAAGGAGGUUGCAGUUUCUUCAAAGGGGAUACAGAAUUCUGGGGACACUCCUGAGAUGUCAGUCAGUCACCAAAAGGAAGUCACAGUGGAGAACAUGGAAAGUCCAGGGAUUAUGUCAACUCGUUCUCCUGCUGGCAUUUCUUGGAGUUGUGGAGCAUCUUGGGAGGACUGCAAAACACAUGACACAGAGCAAGACUUGGAGUGCUUACAACCUCUGGAAGAGGAUAUGGCUUUAAAUGAAGUUUUACGGAAAUUAAAACAUACUAACAAAAAGCAGCAAACUCUGAUCCAAAAUUUGCAGUGUACUAACAUGUAUUUAGAGAAGAAAGUUGAAGAACUACAGGUGAAGACUAACAAGCAGCAAGUGUGCGUUGGCAUCAUAAAUAAGCUAAAGGAGAAUAUCGAGGCAUUAAUUGAAGACAAAUACAGAGUAAUGCUAGAGAAGAAUGAAACUGAUAAGACUUUGCAGAAUUUGCAUGACAUUUUAAUUAACACCCAAAGACAUCUUCAGGAAUCUAGGAAAGAAAAGGAAACCUUACAAGUAGAGCUUAAGAGGACCAAGGAAAAUUAUGUUUGUCUACAGGAAAGGUAUAUAAAUGAAACGCAAGAAAAAAACAAAAUUGUUAGUCAGUACACAGAGGUGAACAAAGCCUUAAGCAAGAAAGAAGAAGAGGUGGAGAGGCUGCAGCAACUCAAAGGAGAGUUGGAAAACGCCACCACUUCUGCUUUGGACUUAUUGAAAAGGGAAAAAGAGUCCCGAGAACAAGAGUUCCUGUCUUUACAGGAAGAAUUUCAGAAACGUGAAAAGGAAAACAUGGAAGAAAGACAGAAACUGAAAUGUAGACUUGAGAAACUGGUAGCUCAAUUUAAAAAUGUGCAAUUCAUAUCUGAAAGUGAAAGGGCUAAGAAUACAAAACUUCAGCAGCAAAUCAACGAAGUAAAAAGUGAAAAUGCAAAACUUCAGCAGCAGGUUGCCAGGAGUGAGGAGCAAAAUUGUUUCCCUAAAUUUGAGAUAGCUCAGUUAAAGGAGCACUUGGAGGCAAUAAUGAAGUCAGAUAUCACAAAGGAUGCGAAGAUGAUGCAGUCUAAUUGCUCACCUUGUAAAGAAGAGAGCCCAAAUCCCCCAGAUGUGAAAACGACUUCUCAGCCGCCUUUCAAAAUUCACUAUCUUCUGGCUCUGAUGGCAAGACUUCUCACAUGCCAGGAUAUCAGCAAUACUGAUGCUGAACAUUUCAAAGAGAGUGAGAAAGUUAGUGAUACAAUGCUGCAAAAAUUGAAGAACUUUCAUCUUAAAAAGAAAAAUUUAGAUGAAGAGGUUACAGACUUUGAUUCAAAUGAAACCAAGAAUGUCAGAGAUCCUACCUUAUUGGGAGCCAAACUGGAUAAGUACCACAGUCUAAAUGAAGAGCUUAAUAUCUUGAUUGCAAAAUUGGGAAAUCUUCUAGAGUUUAAAGAAGACCACUGCACCAGACUCAUUGAAGAAAAUGACAAGUAUCAAAGACAUUUAGGCAACUUAAUAAAUAAGGUUACAUCAUAUGAAGAAAUCAUUGAAUGUGCUGACCAACGGCUCAAGAUAUCCCACUUCCAGAUUGCACAUUUAGAAGAGAGAAAUAAACAUUUGGAAGGUCUAAUUACAAGGCCCAAAAAUAUAACCAGAAAACCAAGACCAAGAAGAUUAGAAAAUCAUCUAAAAUCCAUGCCUGAGAUGUCAGAUAUUUCAGAAGGAAAUGGAAAUGAUUUAGAUUAAACAGGACUGAAGAGUAAACAUUAAUCAUUUUUGUCAACCACUCCAGGAGCAGUCACUACUAAGCAUAGUACCCCGAUCAAUCCAUACAAAUAAUACAUUAAAAUUGUAUAAAUGGUGAAAUUUUACAUUCCAAAAAAUGUGAUUAUUUUCUAAUUUCGU